AUGCAUGAAAAGGUAGUGAACAAAAACAGUUUAAACUGAAUGUUUUCUUAUGUCAUUACGAGUUGUAGAAAUUCACGGUCUUAAAGCCGCAGAAGAGUGAGAGAGAAAUCGAACCGUUCACAGUCUACUGUCUCUUCAGUUGUUCGAAAUGCUGUCAGUUCUGCACACUCCAAGCAAAUGUACAGUCCCAUUUGAGUCGAUUAAUUUAUUGAUGAACGACACAUCGCAUGCUAAGCGUGGCCUUUAUCUGUGCGUGGCUGUGUCACUCGUUCUGACAAUUGCACCUCUCGUCGCUCAACAAGGUACUAUAAUAAGGCUAUAUUUUUACCUUAUAUGAUUUAAAAGACCCAUUAUAAAGUUACAUACCGGUGAAAUAGAUAAGUGCCUGCAUGAUCAAUAAGCUACACUUUGAUGCAUUCUUUACAAUAGUUAACAAGCCGAUGCAUCACAUUUAGUCCGCCUUAUUGAAAGCUAGUCCUUUUUAUACAGAGAGCUUAUAUUUGAUUUGUUUAUCACUUUACAGUGACUUUAUAGUUUAUGAAAAGUUCCUUUAUUGAAGAAACCGCAUCCAUCUAGUUGAAUGUGUUAAUAAAUAUGACGAAGUAAUGUUCCUUUUUUUUUUUUUUCGUAUCCGGAGGAAUUUAAUGCAUGAGAUGAUCUCAUAAAAGCCGUAUUAGUAUACUUGCCUUAGAAACCGUUUUUUUCGUGUCGGGCUUAAAUCAAAUGGUAACUUUAAUAGACGCAGUUUCACAUAGAAACCAUUUACUUAACAGUUUCUACUUUUUAUAAGAAUAACUCUUGAAGAACAUUUCGAAGAAUCAUGUAAAGAAUGUGCUUUGCAAGCAAAAUGGCAACGAUGGGCCGCGGGAUGUCAGGUGUUGCAGUGAAUAAAAUGGUUUGAAGAUAAAGCUGAGCAAUAAUUUCAUUGCCAAUAUUGAAGCUUACGUUCCUCUCGAAUUAGGCACGUAAACCGCUUAUCAAUACGUUCCUUUCAUUUGAAGGGGCAAGUCGGAAAUCUCUUCAAAAUAUAAACAUUACUUUUGUCCAACUGGCAGAUUUACGCCCAAUGGAUCUAUAGUUGGUCAUCAUCUCACUCAGCUUUCGUUCGAUAUAGCAAUUAUUGUCUUUCCGGGUAUAAAAACAGUGUCUAGAAUUAUUUUUUUGAAUUACGGCAUGCUUAAACAUUUGCGUGACCUAACGUGACUAAACGUAAGGCGAUGAAGAGCCGGAAUAAGGUCACACUAUCAGUCGGUUCACCCCAUGUAAGGGAAUCCGGGAACUUUUUACUUGUAGAAUCCAACAACAAGUGCUUCACAUCUGUAAUUUUUUUCGUGUGGGUCAAAAUCUUUUUCAAUCUCGCCUGUACGUCAUGGAAAAAGCUUUCUUCCUGCGUUUUUAAGGUCACUAUUGAUCACCUAUGUGAUAACCCUGAGCCUGGAAGAAGAAAUUAUUGUUUUGGAAAAAGUUUGGAAAAAGUCUGGAAUUUCGGAUCAAAAAUCUGUACGAACCCUACACUAACGAGUAAAAUCAGGAACACUGGAAUCCAGUACCUGGAAUCCGGAAUCCACGGUAUGGAAUCCAGAAUCGGCUAAAACUGUAUUGGAUUCCCUUUACAUGGGACGAUAGAGUAAAGCAGCGUUUUAUAAUUUAGCACUAUGAAACAAGCGAUGGAACAGAGAAUAUUCCAAUCCCACAUCCAGUGUUAAUUCACUGUUCCACUAGUACAGGUAAUCACAUGAAAUUUCUCGUGCAAUUUGGAAUUAAUAAGCACAAGUAAAUUUGCAAUUUGUGGAUAGCUUUAAAAUCACGUAAACCACGUGCAAAAAUAAUUUCUUCAAAUGCUGCAAAUAUCAUCACACGUGCAAUGAAAACAACAUUUUUCUCGAUGUUCUUAAAGUUUACAAGCCGCAGAAACGGGCUAAACAGUUCAUGGAAUCGUUCAAUCUGUAUCGGAGUCACUUUCGAUGAAACGCAAUCGCCGUUUGCAAGGUCGAAUGGUAGGCGAAGUCUUGUUGUUGAGGCUGUAUGUUACAUUGCAGUUAGUCAAGGAAUUCAUUACAUUCUGCGCUUGUGAACUCAUCUUAUGACGAAUUACUGCACUUGAAGUACAAGGACCAGGUGUAUUACCAGCUGGCUUCGGGGUGCUGUUCCUUCGUGAGAUGGCCCACGAAAGCUGUCGCUGUCCGUCUUCGUCUGCUUCAUCGUACUCAUCUAAAGAUUGGAUAUUUCUGUGACCAGUGACUUUUGCAAUUGCCGACCUUUCGAGAUUCGCCUUCUUCAUUUUGCUGACUACUGUUUUACGGGCACUGUGAAUGGAAAACCGCUUCUCAGAUGUCUCAAGGCUGGUUCCGGAGAUGAUGCUCUUCAUCAUGGAGUUGAUUUUAUUUUCUCCCAUGGGCUGUACCUUGUACCAAAUUUCGUCGUCGGCUCGUCUGUUGUACUUUAUCGAGAGAUAAAAUGGACCACUCGUCCUCAGAUUGGGAGGUCUACGGCUAAUGUA